GCUCUGGUGUGGCUUUAUUAUCCACAUUAAAUACUAUACUACUGGACACGUUCCCCGUGUGCCAACAAUCUACAUAUCUUCCGCGACCUGCACAGUCGGUUUCCUUUGUUGGUCUGAUUUAUGUUACGCCGGGCGGUCAGUACAUAUUGGAACUCGUGGACUAUUACGGAGGUACAUUCAUGAGAUUGUUUGCUGCUAUUACUGAAACUAUCGGUGUCUUCUGGAUAUACGGCCUGGAGAAUUUAUGCCUCGAUGUCGAAUUUAUGUUGGGUAUAAAAACUUCGUUUUAUUGGAGAAUCUGUUGGGCAAUCGUAACUCCGAUCAUGAUGGUGAUCGUUUUCAUUUACGCUCUCGUCACCACGGAUGAUCUACUGUUUGGAGACACUUACCGAUACCCACAAGGAGCAUACAUCGCCGGUUAUGUUCUGCAAUAUACAGGAAUUGCGUUGAUUCCGAUUUUCAUGGGAUUAACAUUCUGGAAAUACAGAUCAGAUAGCUGGCUUGAGACCGUAAAGAGAUCAUUCCGCAAAAGCCUACUUAUGGACCUAAAGACUCUCAGAAGCGCGAAGAGUGGCGCGCGUUCCGCACAGACGCGAAAUACGAGCGCGAGAUUAAGCGCAAAACUG